CAUUAUUUAUCGUAACACUGCGUUUGCUUGUGUGUUUUACUGUUUUGAAUUGAGUAAUUUUGGAUAAUUUCGCGUCCCGUUUGAAUUCCGCGAUAAUUUCAAUCAAGAUUUAAUUGAAAAUGUGAUAGUGAUAGAUGUUAUAAUAAAUGGAUUUAAAAAUAACAGACUGCUUUUGAUUACUUGAAAGAAAACACGUGGAAAUAAGUAAUUGCAAGAUGUCCACUCGACGAGCUAGAAUUAAAGCUGUUACUUCUUUACCACCAAGAAGAAAAAUCGCUGUGGUGGCAGAGAGCAAAACGGACAAACCAGUUACAAGCACUAAAAGUCCCCGUACUCCGUUGGAUCAGAAAUCGCCUCGUAGUAAAAAUGUUACAGAGGCCAAAACUGACGAUAACAUCGCUCAUACCGGGAUAGAAAAAUUAAUUAUCACAGAAAAUCCAGGUUCAAGUAAAACCGCAACAGUUGAUAGUGUAUACAAAGCAAAUACGCCAAUAAUUCCACACACACCAGAUAAAGUGCUCUCUGUAGAUAACAAGAAAUACGAUUGUAAUGUGUUCGCAUCGCCAGCAAGAAAGGAUAGCCCUAAGAAAACUUUUGCAUCGCCUAUCGCUCCGUCACCUAAAGUUAUCAGGAGCUCAGAUAUAUCAAGACCUCAAACACCCCACAGAACACCCACACCAUGUAAAAUUAGUGAUAAUAAUGAACUACAAAUUGCAGAGAGAAUUGUUAGCAAAAUUGAUCAUAGUGCUAAAAAUCCUGGGAAGGAUAUUAGGGAUGAUUACAGUAUACCCAGUGUUAACGAAAGUACUGAUGAUGAAGCAAUGGAUGGCAUAGUCCCUCUGAAACCUGCUACCAAAGUCCAGAAGCCUAUUGAUGUAUUGAAAAAUGAGAUCAUAUCAGAGAAUGCUGAAGUGUUGUUUGAUCCUAUUGUACCUCUUCCGUCACCGAGCAAAGUCCGCCCUAAACUACGUCCGGUACCAAGAUUGGGACCACAUAGAAGGAAUAGUGUGCAGGGCAGUGCGAGUGAAUCAGAAGAUGAAAAUCGUCGUGGUCUUCUGAAUGCAAAGGAUCGACAGACACAUGAUGUGCACACAUUGGCAUCUUUACCUAAUAGAGAUGUGAGCCGAGUUAGAAAUGACUCUGUUUGCUCAAGUGUCAGCCAGGCAACCGCGCCGCCCGCCGCCGCCGCGUCGCCUGUUAGAGACAAACAACAAAUUCACAAGAUGCGUCGUCAAGAGGAAUGCCGCCGCAGGAUGGCGAUGCGUCGCCGGAGAGAGACCGCCAAGCGCGAAAACCUCACCAUGUACGACCUCAUUUUCUACAACCCCACCACAAACCCCCUUGUGUUAAAUGACGAUGAAAUUAAACUCAAAGAAGCGACAGAAAAAGAACUGGCCGAGAGGAGAGCUCAAGAGAAAAACGGAGAUGCAGAGAAGCCAGCGGAAAGUCCGGAAACGUCAUCAGAGAGUGCCCCAGUACCACAGAUAAAGCUGGGUCCCAAAGGAGAAAUAAUUCUUGACGAACAGAGCUUGGUGAUAAAACAAACGGAAAGCUCUCGCGUAGUGUCGUCAGUAGUACACGAAGGCGCGUGGGGCGGCGAAGGCAAGCGGCACACGUUCAACCGCGCCGCCGGCUGGAGCGCGCCCGAGACGGUGCAGUUCUACCGCGCGCUCGCCGCGCUGGGGACCGACUUCUCCCUGAUGGCGCAGCUGUUCCCCCAUAGGACGAGGAAGCAGCUCAAAGUUAAAUUCAAAAAGGAGGAGAAACAGAACGGAGCGCAGAUAGAGAAAGCAUUACGCGCGUCCGUACAGUUCGACGUCACCCAGCUGAAGAAGGAGUUCGAAGAGGAGCGCGUGCUCGCAGCGAAGCAGGCGGAGAUCGCGCGAGAACAGUUGAACAAGCAGAAACAAGCGGACAAGGAACGACUGAAAGCUAAUAAAGACGCCCGUUUGAGGCAAAAUCGCGCAUCUAAAGCCCAAGAAGUAUCUAAGGCCAGAGAUAAUGUAAUAACUUCUAAUACCCAAAGGAAACGGUCCCAACAAGCAACUACGCCUCUACCUUCAUUAUCAACAGUGGCCAUAGUCAAUUCAGCCUCUAGAUCCAGAGAAGAUUCUAACAGCAUAACAAGUACACCGCAAAUGAAAUCACCAGACGUUACAAACUCAGUGCAGAUACCGAAAAAUAUAGAAAACGGAUCAUUAGUUGUGUUAACUGUGAAUGAUCCAUCGUCACCGUCUAAGAAAAUGUUGCAAACAUACAUUGCAAACGGUCCAGGCAAGUUGACACCUGUUGCAUUACCACCGAACAUAUUGAACUAUGUCGUUGGUUACAUGAAGAAGAGUACUCCGAAAGGUUCCAACGUCUCCUCACCCCAGUUGUUAUCACCGAGCAGUGUUACAAGUGUGGACAGUAACAGUGCAGCAAAUGCUGUGAUGCCAAGCCCAUCUAAAAGGCAACGGCAUAGUUCGUUCUCUAUUACACAGCUUUGAUAUAUUGUGUUAAGUGUUUUUAAACAACUUAUUGAAUUAUGUUGUUGGUUAUAUGAAGAAGAGUACUCCGAAAGGCUCCAACGUCUCCUCAUCUUGGUUGUUAUCACCGAGAGCAGUGUUAUGCUAGUUUUUUAAUAAUAAUAAUAAUUAUUAGGUAUUUAUUUCAUAUACGCACAUGAAUUCUCUCAAAACUAAAGCAAUAAAAUGACAUCGAUGUUUUCUUGUGGACUGGUGCUAAAAUGGGCUAUCAAGAAUGAUAUUCCAUUUCACUGCACAUAUUUCAAAAAGUAGAAAUUCCAUUUUUAGUGAGUAUACUAGAAUUUAUCAUGUAUAUGGUUAUAAUGUUGGUAGUCUUUCUUUUCUUAUAAUAAGAACACAAUUAGAAACCUUUUAUACAUAACCAACCUUUUAGAACAUAAGGAUGACGAAACGAGCGUCAUAUAUUUAGCUUGGAUUUUUAUAUACUUACAAAACCCUACCCCUCCACCCUACUCAGAAAAAAAUUAGAAAUGAAGGUAUAAUAUGCAUGCCAUUUCAUAACUUAUUUGUUUUAAAUUAUGUAUUGUUUGUUUAUAAUGUGUUAUUCAUAAUAAAUUAAAUUAUUCAUUGAAUUUAUUUUCAUUAAUUUAAGAACAAGUUAAUUAUAAUUAUUAUUAGGUGUGAAAUGACUAGUGAUUUAUACCCUCAUUUUUAGUUUGUUGGUUGUAACAGUACACAUCGAGUAGGGCUUUAGUAUAGAAUAGAUUGAUCUGUAAUACUAUUCUUUAACGAUUUUUAUACCGUGCGAGCUACGAAUUCACCUCAGUCUUUCUCAUUCUUUAGUAGUCAUAGAUAAAAGACAACUAGAUGAAGUCAUAAAGUGGCUUUGGAUUCUAGAGCCUGACAGGCUAAUACCACUCUGCUUUUAUUAAAAAGUGACACAAGUUUUUUUAUUGAUUGAAGAUAUACAGCCUUGAUUCAUGUCAUCAUGCCUCUUAUUUAUAGCGUAAAAAAAUCACCUGUGAUAUUGUUUUUUAUUUAUUUCUAAGUGUAUCUACAUUAAAAUAAAAUUAAUGUAACCGUAUAGGUUUUAAGUAAUAUAUUGCAACUAAUAAUUAUUA